ACCAUUGGGUACACCGACUAGGGGUGGGCAUAUCAAUCGAUUUAUUUGAUCGGUGAUUUGCAAAGUGUUGUACCGGGGGCCUAUCUUGGAUCGUAAAUCAUCAGUGAAUGAAAUGUUCAAACUGUAUAUAAGAAUACAGUGGCUAAACCCCGCUUUAAAUACAGUACAUCUUUUAGGUACCGUUCAGUUGUAUUUGACUUUUAAAACAAAUGCCGGAGUCAUGAGUUUGGCACACAUUUCAUCAAAAGAGCAGCGACAUUUCUCUGUUUUUUCCAGUUUGUUUUGGGGAAAGAACACCAGACAGUUUCAUUUCCUCAGUGGGGUCAUAUUAAAACUUGCAUCACAGCAUGCUAGCUGAUGUUUACUGCCUGAUAGCCUGCCCGUCAGGCACCGGCACAUUAUUUGAUAUUUCAUCCAAGAAUUGCCAUGGCUAAGGGGGCUCAUGGGAAACCUCCUGAAAGUGCUGGCUUGCGCCGAACUUGAGCAUGGCCCAAUAGUUUUCCUUGACUUUGAACAUGCCCAGCCCACCGAGGCCGAGACGGCCGUGUGGAAUCAGGUCAGCGCCGUAUUGGAGGAGGCCCAUGGGAUUCUGGCUGAGCUGCAGUCCUAUAAUGGCGCCGGGCAGGAGAUACGAGAAGCCAUUCAGAACCCGGGUGACCUGGCUCUGCAAGAGAAGGCCUGGAAUGCAGUGUGUCCUCUGGUGGCCAAGCUGAAGCGUUUCUACGAGUUCUCACUGCGCCUGGAAAAUGCCCUGCGCAGCCUGCUGGAGGCGCUGACGAGCCCACCUUACGCCCCCAUGCAGCACCUGGAAAGAGAGCAGGCCCUGGCCAAGCAGUUUGCAGAGAUUCUCCAUUUUACGCUCAGCUUUGAUGAGCUCAAGAUGACAAAUCCAGCCAUUCAGAAUGACUUCAGCUACUACAGGAGGACCAUUAGUAGGAACCGGCUUAACAACCAGCAGUUGGAAGCGGAAAACGAGGUGAACAAUGAGAUGGCCAACCGAAUGUCGCUGUUCUACGCCGAGGCCACGCCCAUGUUGAAGACCCUGAGCAAUGCCACCACCAAGUUUGUCUCAGAGAACAAAACCUUACCCAUCGAGGAUACCACAGACUGCCUGAGCACCAUGGCCUGUGUGUGCCGUGUCAUGCUUGAAACCCCGGAAUACCGCUGCCGGUUCACCAACACGGACACCAUGUUGUUCUGCAUGAGGGUCAUGGUGGGCGUCAUCAUCCUCUACGACCACGUCCACCCCGUCGGGGCGUUUGCCAAGACAUCUAAAAUCGAUAUGAAGGGCUGCAUCAAGGUCCUUAAAGAGCAGCCGUCCAACAGUGUGGAGGGACUUCUCAACGCACUGAGGUAUACGACACGACAUCUAAACGACGACAGCACCUCCAAACAGAUCCGGGCGCUGCUGCAAUGAACGAGGGAAGCGGGGAUGGGUGUGCACUUCAAAACGAAAAGAAAAGAGAGAGCGAAACACCAACUAAGGGGCCCGUUUGUUUACGACAAAUAACUCCAGACGACGAGAAUAAUAACGCACACAAAAAAAAAAAAGAGUUCUAUUUAUUGUCAGCUGUCCUCCAUUCUGUCUCUUGUUUUGUAAAGUAAGAAAAUAGAGAUGAUUAAAAAAAGCUAGAAAAUAUAAGAUAUACUGUAUAUUAAAAAAAAAACCCGAAGCAGCAGAUUAAAAAUAAGUAGAAUUACCAAUAAGAGAGGACGCUUUUAUUGCCAAUUUAGGUGCGAGUGGAUGCAGAGCUGACACUUAAUUCCUGCGGUAGUCCUGACAAGUAAGUUUGUGGUUCUCCCACCAGGCUGAAGUCUCAACAUACAGUGAAGCGAUGUGAUGGGCGAUUUCCGGAGAAUUGCUUUGCAAUAUUUUGGAGUGUUGAGGAUCGGCUCGGUGGAAGGAUGUCAUCAUUUUUAUUCUUUUCUUUGAGUUCAUGUCGCAGGCUAUUACUUGUGCAACAUAGUUCUCUCUCUCUCUCUCUCUCUCUCUCUCUCUCUCUCUUUGCUAAUGUGCUUUUAGCCAUCAAUGUGCUUACUUGUCAUCCACCUGAGCACUUUGCACUAGUUUCAAAGUGCUGCCUCUUCUUUAUUUUUAUUUAUUUUUUAAUUUUUUUUGGGGUGAAGCCAUAGCAUUGCUUUCUGCUACUGGGACAAGUUGCAAGAAGGACAUUCAUCACCUAUUAACCCUCCUGUUACGUUCGGUUCUCAGGAACAACAAUUUGACCCAGGACUUGUUGAGCUAUUCAAAAAAGUGUCCAAAACAAAACCAGAAAACAUUGCUUAUAUGUCAUGAUCAAGGCAACUACUAAGAAUUACAAAAAGCUUUAUAACCAACAACUCACAGUUCAUGCAAGUAAUUUCAGGACGUGUUGAAUUAUCCAAAGAUGACCGAGACAAAACAACAAAAUACCAAUAAACUUAGCUUCUGUUUCUUUUUUUUUGGUUUUGUUUUUACCCCAUGACAAAGAACAGUGUCAAUAAUGUUCCGGGGUCUGUUUGACCCAGGACAUUUUCAAUUUUCCAAAAGUGUAUUGGGGGCUGAGGGGGUUAUUUCUUAUUAUUUAUUGCAUUCGCGACCACUGUGAUCAAGCUUUUGUGCAUUGCACCUCUCACAAAUCAUCAGACCAACAAUGAGUUAGGUCAAUUUGACCCGGGCCAAAUUUAAAUUAAUGGUUAGUAUACUUAAGUCUACUAAAAGCAUUUCAAUUUUUUUAUGAUAUAAUUUAAUAGGAGUGAUGUUUUUAAAAUAAAUGUAGGAUUUUAUAAAAAGGAAAAAAAAUACUCAUUCUUUUGUUUACUCUUGUUCUUUAUUUCUGUUCUGUAUUAAAAUCGGGUCCAUUUGACCCGUAACAUAACAGGAGGGCCAAAUCCUUAUUUCUCAUUCUAUUUUUUACACACACCAGUUUCGAAGGUAAGUCAGCAGACAUGUAAAUUUCCCCAGUGUGGGAAAAAUAAGGAUAUCUUAAAUCAACGGUUGCAAGAACAUUUGCAUUUAGUCAGCGAGAAAUUAUGUCCCAGCUUUGUCGGCCAAUAAGAGUCACACUCCCAAAAAAAAAAAAAAAAAGACUUAAAAAAAUUAAUUUAAAGCAGUGAUGUACGUUGGAUGUCCAUAGGCUUUUAGUCUACAUCGAUUUGAUCUCUUAAAUUCUAUUUUCUAUACAGGGGUAUGUGCACAAGCAUAGUCUGUAUAAAGUAGAUGGCAUGUUGUACGAGGUCUGGAUGAACGUGUGUAAAUAGUGUGUUUUUAUUCAUUUCUAAUUGUUCAGUGAUACUGAAAUGGGUGACAUGUGUCUGCCUAAUUGGACCAUCAGACUUGCCGUAGUCAUCGGGAUUUUUUUUUUCUUUUCGAUAUUCCAGGGAUUCAGCUUUCAUCAUAGCAAAUGAACUAGAGCGGGAAGGGAGGGGGCGAAAGUGGUGCGUGUGUUUGUGUGCGCGAAAAUGUGUAUGUUAGGAUGGGUUGAUGGGAUGGGGGCUAUCCAUUUGCUUGUUAUUUUGUACAUUUUGUGCAACAAUAAACUUGUCAUUUAUUACAUCCA